GAAGCAACGAAACAGUUAGAUAAAACUUUUGUUAUGGAACGCGAACCACGCCUUUCUUCGACAAGAUAUUUUGAGUAUCUUUGUACUCCAGAUAUGAAAUAUGUCCAUGACUACUUCAAGAAUCGGAAAGCAUCUGCCUGGUGUAUUCAGAGUUAUAUCGAGUAUAUAUCUGAAACCGGGAUGGAGCUUGACUUCGUUCAAUGUUGCAAUCUUUUCACUGAUAGCUUGACUCAAAUAAAUAAACUUGUGGCUACGCCUAGUCCAAUUAGAGCUUUCUGUAACAAUUACCUUGCGUGGCUGAAGUCUAAUGCGGGAGUAGCAAUAACAAGAACGUGUGCCGAAUUCUUCGAAACGAACAAAGCGCAUAAGCGAUUGGUUAGCAUUCAUGGCACUACUGAGGAUGUGAUAUGCCUUAACGCAAAAACCGAUAUCCUCCAAGCCCAUUUGCAAUCAGAGUCUAUUCCGCCUAUUCUUCCGUCUGCACCCAAAACUCCACCUCAAACUUGCAUGGAUUUAUCACCGUUGAAGUCAACUCCCAAUAAGCGAUCAUAUGAGAAGGAAGAACUUCAGCUAUUUAUCCAAGACGUCUCUAUAGUAUGUGCAUCCGGGCAGACAUUUGAGGAGUUGUCAUCAAAAAUUGAAGAGGAACUUGCUGUGGAAGUGUCCUCUAUGCGUGAUACUAAUCCUGCUGUAUGGACACCUGCCUUGGAGAAGUAUCUUGAUGCUAUCUUUGAAGAAACGAUGGAUAAUUUCCAAACUAAGGUCCAGACUAAAUUGUCAGGGGAUGGAGAUGAGCGUUUUAGACUUUAUUGUGAAAAAGUUCUCAUUGACUUUUACUACCUUGUAGAUGUCGAUCCUAAAAUGAGCAGAAAAAUAGGAGAACAAAAACACAUAGUAUAUCAGGUAUCCUCUUUAUUCAAAUAUUAUGAAAGAACUUUUCUUAACCUUGAAUUUGAUUGGAUUGAAUUGCAAGUUCGUGCUGCAAAAGUAAUGAAGUCAUCAACCAAUUCUGGGAUUGUUGAGAAGCAUACUUUGGAUGACUCAAAGAAAACACUCCAAACUGAUAUUCUGAAUUUAAUUGCAAUAUUACGAGACCAUCUUGAUUGUGAAGUGAAACUUGCAGCAAAGAUUAGGGUGUUUAGCACCCAGUCAAUAAACAAUCGACUUACUCUUUAUGCUCUCAGUAUGCUUCCUGAUGGACGUUUUCUUGUAACAGAGCUUGCUACAGCCACAAUACCUUUCAGUUUUAAUGCCCGGAGCCAAUAUAAAGCUGUCCUCAGGAUGAUGGCUAUCUUCCAUGACGAAGUGAUAAAGCAAGAGGCAUUGAUGGAAAAAAUUAACCGGUCUGUACUUAGAACUAAAGAAACAAAGGUCCGCGAUGUGUUAAGGAUACCUGAGUUAGAAUAA